AUGACACUGGCAGUACACUAUGGUCCAAGUAUUUAGGCCUAGCCGUAGUAGCCAAGUACUCACUACUUCGGUAGUACUAGUAGUUUACAGCUCUAUGGUAGGCUCGUACAUGUAGUAGGCCUAGUCACGGGCAGAACUUUGGGCAGAACUGAGGGUAUCUGGCAGGGAGCAAGAUGUCUCUACCAAGAGCACUACUGGAGCAGCUAUGGAGCCUCUUCCUAUUACUGUGGUACUGCUUAGAAGCCGUGAUAUUGGCAUGCAUCCCCCGCUCAAUGCGGAAGCGCAAAAGUGUAGUUGGUGAAAUUGUGUUGGUCACUGGCGCAGGAAGCGGAAUCGGUCGCUUGCUGGCUCAGGGGUUCGGACAGCUGGGAGCUACUAUUGUUCUGUGGGAUGUCAACCAGGCAGGCAAUGAAGAGACAGCAGAUCAGAUCCGUGAGAAUGGAGGCAAAGCCUACGAAUAUACUGUCGAUGUCAGCAACAGCGAGAAAGUGUAUGAGGCUGCUCUGAAAGUUAAGCAAGAUGUCGGGGAUGUGACAAUCUUGGUCAAUAAUGCUGGCAUCGUCACUGGGAAAUCAUUUCUUGAUUGUCCCGAUCACAUGAUCAAGAAAACAAUGGAUGUCAAUAUCAAUGCACACUUUUGGACCCUCAAAGCUUUCCUACCAUCCAUGAUUGCUAAGGACAAAGGCCACAUUGUGAAUAUAGCCAGCCUGGCUGGUCUGUUUGGAAUGAAUAAACUGGUAGACUACACCACCAGCAAGUUUGCUGCAGUUGGUCUCCAUGAUGCACUGCACUAUGAGUUAGUGUUCAGUGGCAAGGCUGGAGUGAAGACUACUGUGGUCUGUCCGUUCUUCAUUGACACUGGUAUGUUCAGUGGAGUCAAAAUCAAAGAUCCGCUCUUGACAUUGCCACUUCUGAAGCCAUCCUAUGUCGUCAGGAACGUUAUCGAUUCUGUGCUUCUUGAAGAGCAGAUGUGUGUGCUCCCUCGACACAUCUUCUUGGGAGUCCUCCUGAAAUACUGGUUGCCAGAGAAGGCCACACUGCACAUUUUUCGGCGUUUGGGCUUUGAUGAGUGUAUGUCGUCAUUUGUUGGCAGAGGCAAGCGGGACUGAAUUAUCCACUGUGAAGUUGGAGAUCAACUUUUUACCAAAGUUUCUGAAGUCAUAGUUUAGUGUUUAAUCCUUUAAUAAAGGUAUGAAAUGCGUAAACAUUCAUUUAAGAGUAGCUCAGGAGCAGAAUGGGGUUGAUUAAUGCCUGAGCUUAAGGCAAGGGACAUCAUCAGCGUCUAUUUUCCUGAGCCGGUCUUCAGUGAAUGUUAAUGACCAGCUAAUUCAUAAAUACCUUUUGAGCUACAAUAUAAAGAUGAUAAAGUUCUAACAAUUUUGUUUAGCCAUUUUACAUCAUUGUUCAGACAUCCCUCAAGUAAUGUAUGUUCCUCUUGUGAGUAGUCAUAAACGAUCCUCUUGAAAUGGAGACUAGUGUGCACUUUGCACAUAAUGCUUGAGGUGGCACACAACCAGUCCGUACUCUAUCAACAGGCCAUGUGAUGGGCUCUCAACUAUUAGGAAUGUCUAAACUGUCUAAGGUAUUUAUGAAGACAUGUAGGAUUGAAUUCAUUGAAUAAUUCAUUAUCUAUACUUGGUGUUGGAGAUGCACACAUUCAUAUACCAACAAACCAACCUGGUGAAGAUACUAACAGUUCUAUUCAGUUGAGCUGGACCCAGGGGCCCUCCUUGUUACCUGUGUCACUUUGAAUGACCGACUAACUAGGUAUAAAUAAUGUUCUGUUGUGAGCUUUGAUACACCACUGGCCAUGGACACUGUCUACAUACAGGUCAGUGUGGACAGCUGAAUUUUAUGGCUUAUUUUUACCUGAACUUCUGCCUCGUGAUCACUACCAUUUCAUGCUUUCUUGUGAAGCACUGAAACAGUUCAGCUUUCCAGCUUAAUGUACAUGUACACCUAACAAGCUUGUGCAGUGCACAGUGUGGACCGUUCAAAUAGUACCUUUUUUGCAGCUGUUCCUGUGCAAGAAACCCACACAUACAAGUGUGCAAACACCUUCAAUCAUGGACUCCCUAUUGUUCCUCUUUUGUUCAUACUUAACUUUUCGGAAGACCUCCCAUAUGUUUAGUACACGUUUUCCA